AAAAAUGGAGAAGAAAGAAAUGUUGAGACAGCAAUUAGUGGAUGUUUAUGGAGUCCCUCUCUUCUAUACUAUCGCAGAAGCAUGGUCCCAGGUAGAAGGAUUUGAGGCCAGAACAGACGAUCUUCUCAUCACUACCUAUCCCAAAUCUGGUACCACUUGGGUCAGUGAAAUCUUGGAUCUGAUCUAUAACAAUGGAGAUGUAGAGAAAUGCAAACGAGAUGCUAUAUUCAAUCGGGUCCCUAUCAUGGAACUGAUAGUGCGUGAAUCUAUAAAUGGUAUUUCUAGUUAA